ACAUCUCAUAUGCAUACAUAAUUACACAGACAGACCUCACCCCCCUCCUCACCCUCACUCACCCUCACCCCCUCCACUAUCUGAUGACUCCCCGGCGUAGAGGUGGACGUGAACCGACUGUAGCAGCAUCAUCACCAUCCUCAACACUGUCACCAUCACCAUCCUCCUCCUCCUCUUCUUCCUCACUACCACCACCACCACCACCACCACAACCAUGUCCUCGUCGUCGCGCAAGAUCUCCUCGGAGUCGUUCAGCAGCUCGGUGGGCUCGGACUGCGGGCUGGAAAGCCCCGGGGGAGACGGUGGAGGAGGAGGGGACGGCGGGCUGGAGCCGCCGGCGGAGGAGAACCGAGGAUGCCCCUUCUCCUCCUUCCACUCAGCCCGCAGAACGACGCUCUGGAACGGCCGCAGCCCGGCCGAGAGGCCGGUGUGCCCGGCGGAGCAGCAGCAGCAGCCUGGUGGACCCCUCCACAAGAGGGCCACCAGGAGGAGACGGGUGAACCUGGACUCGCUGGGGGAGAGCCUGAGGAGACUGACAUCACCCACGACACAGACCGUUCAGGAGGCUCUACAGCGAACUCUACAGUUCUACAGACAACAAGAGAUCAGGUGUCAGGAAGUUGGCAGUGAGGAGAGGCAAAGAGAGAAGAGAGAGGAGAAGUGCCCAUUUCUAGAAAACUCUGGUUCAGAAGAAGAUGUCCUACAAAUCCUACAGUACAUGGCCACCAUACUGGGAGUACCAUUCUGUGAGCUGCGGGAGCAUUUUGGAGAGGAGUUCUUCGGCCUCUGCUUUGAAGAAAAUGAACGAGUGCUUCGGGCUGUAGGCGGCAACCUCCAGGACUUCUUUAAUGGCUUCGACGCGAUUUUGGAACACAUUCGCACCUCAACGGGGCGCCGUGCCUCAUCUGAGAGCCCCUCCUUCCAGUGCAAGGACCCCUACGAGGAGGAGAAAGGGAGAAGAAAAUUGGACAAAGUCGUAGAAAGAGGGAAGGUGUUGCUUCUCCAUUGUUUCAACCCUGCCCCUGUUGUUGGAUUGGUCAUGCCAGGGUUUAUCAGAGCUGUUGCCAGGCGGAUCUAUCAUUCAGAAGUUGAGGUGGAAGAGGUGCCACCUCUAACUCCCUUAUUGCCCAACGAAGAUACAGAACACACAGACGGUGACUCCUCAACCCCCACCCCGACGGCGUCCCCCACUGCCUCACCCUCCUCGUCCCCGUCCCCUCCCUCUCCUUUCCCAACCUCUGUUCCCACAGUUUGCUUGUCCUUCCAAAUCCAGGAGACAUCCCCUCCUUCCCUCCCCUCCCUCCCAAAUGCUGCCUCGGUGGGCAGUAAACGCCCCCCUCUCUUGCUCUCCAACAACCCCAUUGAUCUGCGCAUCGGCCUGGCCACGUUUUGCCGUGCCUUUCCGUUUCACCUCGUCCUGGGGCCUCGCAUGGAGCUACUGCAGCUUGGAGAAGGAUUGAGGAGACAGGCUCGCAUUGAGCCUCACCGGAACCUCUCGUUCAGGGACUGUUUUGAGAUUGUCUCACCCAAGAUGGAGCCUUCGUUCCCGGGCAUCCUGCUGAGGCUUGCAUCCCCAUUUACCAUCCGUACCAGGCCUGAUACCACACAGUCCGGCACCAAGGAGAAGGUCAUGGAGCUGAAGGGUCAGAUGAUCCAUUUGCCCGAGUCCUCUUCGCUGAUUUUUCUGGGCUCGCCACGUGUCGAUAAGUUGGAGGAGCUGAUGGGCAGGGGCCUCCAUCUGUCAGAUAUCCCCAUCCAUGAUGCCACGCGGGACGUUAUCCUGGUGGGGGAGCAGGCCAAGGCCCAGGAUGGCCUGAAGAAGAGAAUGGACAAACUUAAGGCCACAUUAGAGCGGACUCACCAAGCACUGGAGGAGGAAAAGAGGAGAACUGUGGAUCUCCUUUAUUCCAUAUUUCCAGGUGAUGUGGCGCAGAAACUGUGGCAGGGCCAGCCAGUGCCCGCUCGCAAAUUUGAUGACGUGACCAUGCUGUUCUCAGACAUCGUGGGUUUCACUGCUGUGUGUGCCCAGUGUACGCCCAUGCAGGUCAUCUCCAUGCUGAACGAGCUUUACACACGCUUCGACUACCAGUGUGGCAUUCUGGAUGUUUAUAAGAUCGAGACAAUAGGCGAUGCCUACUGCGUGGCGGGAGGACUUCACAAGAAAGUCGAUAGUCAUGCGAAGCCAAUCGCACACAUGGCUCUGAAGAUGAUGGAGCUCUCUGAGGAAGUGCUGACACCUGAUGGGAGACCUAUCAAGCUGAGGAUAGGUAUCCACACAGGUUCUGUGCUGGCAGGUGUGGUCGGAGUUAAAAUGCCACGUUACUGCCUGUUUGGGAACAAUGUGACACUGGCCAGCAAGUUUGAAUCGGGGAGCCAUCCGAGGUGUAUCAAUGUUAGUCCCACAACUUACCAGUUGCUGAAAGAUGACCGCUCCUUUUCAUUCGUCCCUCGCUCGCGGCUGGAGCUCCCAGAUAAUUUUCCCAAAGAGAUCCCAGGGACGUGUUACUUCCUGGAGGCGGGGACGUCUCACAGCCAUGCCUCGUUGACCAGCUCUCGCUCCGCUCCCCCGGCCUCUAUGAGGAAAGUCUCCUACAGCAUUGGGACCAUGUUUCUCAGAGAAACAAGUUUGUAGGUCCCGUACACAGAUGUUCAAUAUGUGAGAGGCUGGAUGUGAACCUGUGGAACAUGCAGGAAACGGAUCACACGGAUCUUUGGAUAUGCAAAUGCAUUCUGUGAAAACUUGGAUUCAGACCUGUGGGAUUACCUAUAUAAAUGAAACUUAAAAAAAAUGCUCUCAUCGUAGGUGAAAAAAGAACAACAUGCCCUCAUUUCCCCUGAGCGAGAGAGAUACGAUUCAAAAGACUCGAGCAACAGCAACUGCGCUAGUCUCACAUGGACCCUUCCCCGGGGAAGUGUACUGAUGGGGUCAAUUAGCAGAGAAACCUUAAUAUAAAACGUAGUGAUCUAGCUGGAUUCCUCAGCUCCAUACCUGGUGUUGACUUCUCUCCAGUGGUUCUCUCUCCCAAACGGCACCCUGACGUGGGUCUAGAGGCAAUGCUAGGAGAAAGCCUGGAGAGAGACGAUUCACAUGUUGCACUCAUUAGCAAUUAAAUUGCGCUAACAGAACAAAUCCACGUUCCAUUAACAAAGUGGAUGCAGAGGAACGAAGUUGUAUGAACUUUAAGAAGAUGGCAACAUUGUCACAAAUGUUUGCUGUGCAUCAUGGCCUCUUGUACAAGGAAGACCACUACUGAAGAACAAUACAACUCCCCUUCCUCCCCUUCCAACUGUCCCUAAAUCAUGUCAUGCUUUACCAAACGUACUUAACAUCUGCUGCUCAUUAUCCAUCUGACAACGUAGGACCAGUCGGUCGGUGUGUGGGGAGAGACGAAUGAGAGGCUCAAACAAGCAGAUUUGGUUUGAAAAAGGGGGUCAUCAAAGGACAAAUGCCAAAAAAAUGGAGUACUAAGCUGAUCUUAGAACCUUUUCUGCUUCUAACCCACAGCAAACUAUAACCACCCAGCCAUUUCAUUGCAGGUAAUGUGUGUAGGACUGAUAAUUAUUCCCAGCUCAGUGCCUUUUUACUGCUCAAAUCAGGACAAAAUACAAGAUGGGUUCAUUUUGAAUAUUUGAAAAGAAAAAAACACAAGGAGCGCUUCAUUUAUCUUGUGUUUCUACUUGUUUUAAGACAUUUUUAUGACACUUUAAAUACACUGGAGAGUGACAGAUUUGAAUGACAUGUGCCAAAGGUUAUGAGCCACAUUUGCAAGUCACGACAGGCGCCUUAUCGCACCACGCCACCAGGAGUCCCGACUACUUGUGUCUUUAAUUUUUUUUCACGAGUGACUUGCAAGAUAAAUCAAGCGCUUCUCAAACAGUUCAAAUAUUUGAAAUUCUACUCAUCUGUUUUUUUUGUCCAGAUCAACCAAUAAUACACACAAUGUAGUACUACUAAUAUAGUGCUAUACUAACUUGUACACAUAGUCACAGUAUGCAUGCUUGACACGGUUCACAUUUACAUACAUAAUCUUUUUUAAUUGCAUUGUUUUUACCACAUGGAUAUAAACGUUAACACUAGCCCGAUGUAAAUGUAACCAUCUGGAGUCAGAUUCAAGUCUACUAGAUUGCUGGUAGACUGAGUAUGAUUUACUAGGAGAAAUUAUUUACUAAAAGAGGAAAUAUCAGGCCUUCCAAACACGUCUGCGUAGCUCAGUAACCCAGUACAUGGGAAAAUAAGUUUUGUCUAAGAAAAUCUUCAUUAACCGUCGUCAUAAAGGAAGUGAAGGGUUGAAGUUGGAUAGUCUUUGAAUAUUUUAUUUUAUAUUUUUGGAUACUUGUUCUCUUUGUUUGCUGACAUCACAUAAAUGUGACAUCAGUGAAGUACAAAUCAUAUUUCAAGUUUGAAUAUUUGGCUGUUUCAGGCCCACAAAGAAAAAAAAAAUACUAUUUGUAGGAGACAUUAGAUGUUAAUAGAAGUGUUUUAUUAUCAAACAAAGUACACUGAUUUAUGAACAUCACAUCCUAACUUUAAUUCAGUAUUGAUGACAAAACAAAUUCUGAAAUAAUCUAGGUUGUUUAAAUUUGAAUAAGUGCUACUACCUGUGACAUACUUUCCUCAAUUGUACAUCCCAAUAUGGCUUGAGUCAAAACAUCUUAAUAACUAUGGAAUUAUGGAUUCUGAUUCUGAUUCUGAUUCUGAUUCUGGAACAAUGGAAAACUCCAGCACAGGUUUUAAUUCACUUUUAAAUCACAAACUUCCACCAGGAAUGGAAAGGGAAUAGCACGAUGCAAUUUCACUACAUCUUGCCAAAUGACAUACUGGCUGCUGAACCUCUGAAAGAUCAAAUAAGAUGUGCCAAUUAAGUUCUGAGACGCCACCAGCAGCACAGGCUAAUCUUGCUCAAGCAAAGGAUUCGGUUCCUGCUGUCGGCUGUGUACAUUCAGUUGUUAAAGGGCAGGACUGGCACAUUUUGACAGCCAAACACUUUGUCAACUCACUGGCCUUGGCGGGGAUUCAAUGGGAACAAUGUGCUGGCUUUAGUAUGUAAAGCAGAGCUUGUAGGAAAACAUCAGAAGGGUAAAUUACUUGGGACACGAAAACUAAUGCCCACCUGGCCGAAACAUUCACCCACUAAAGGGAAGUGUGCCCUCUAACUGAGAUUGACACCAGCAUAACAAAGCAAUGUGCCAUAUAUGAAGAAAGGAUGCGAGGAGGCCAAAAUAGAAAUAUCAAAAAGAUUUCCUUUCAACCUGCCAGCGUUUGAACCAGAGAUAGUUUACAAGUGCUAGAUUACAAUAGGUCAUUAUUGUCAUAAAUGAUUAUAACAACUAUCAUCAGAUUCUCUGACAGCAGUAGCUGUAAAGGACCUGAUCAAUUUUGGCAAUGAAAAUAGACAUUUAUGAGAAUGUUUUUUUUUCAAACCCCCCAGAGUCUUAUCCACAUUUAUU